AUGCUGCAGCACUCGGAGUCGCUGGCGCCGCUGAAUCUGACGCUCGUGCCGAGUCUGGACGACGUGUACAUGCAGAGCCCCAGCAGCGGCCUCCAUAGCGACGGCCUGGCCGCGCGCGCCCACGCGGCCCGCAAGAGCGCUUUCCUGUCCAUGUCGCCCGCCUGCAACUUCGAGGCCUUCAGUCUGCACUUCCACCUGCCGCUCAAGGUGGCGGCCGAGAAGUUCGGCGUGCGGGCCACGGCCUUCAAGAAGCGCUGCCGGGCCAUCGGCAUCCGCCACUGGCCGUACCGCAAGGUGCGCAGCCUCAAGCGGUCGCUGCAGGAGCUCGGCCGCUGCCAGGAGCAGGCGCCGCUCAGCGACAAGCAGCAGGCCCAGUACGCCACCUUCAAGCGGCAGCUCGACAAGCUCAUGGCCCCGGAGACCUACGGCCUGGACCCGUCGGGCCGCCUCGGGCCGCAGCACCAGGCGCACUUCCUGGCCAGCGACGAGGAGGAGGACGAGGCCGAGUCUGACGACGGCACCGACUCGCUGGCAGCCGACAGCCCGCGGUUCGGAGGCGAGCUUGCUUACUACGACUGCCCGUCUGUGAGCCGCACGGACGGGCCGGGCAAGACCGUGCACGGGGACGUCAUCCCGGCCGGCUCGACCCACCUGCGUAUCCGACGGAACCAGGUCAUGCACCUGCCGCCGGCCCACACGUCCUUCUCCGAGCACGGGCUCAAGCACGAGCCCAUGACCCGCAAGGAGCUCGCCGACGCCUACUACGCGCAGCACCAGUUCUAUAGUCAGUACGAUAGCGGCCUGGCCGGCUUCGCCAACCCGAGCGCGGUAGACAAGGCCGCCGCUCUGGUCAUGAAAGCCUCCCCCACCACGGGCCACAAGAAGCGCUAUGCCAGUGAAGACUAUCCUUCCGGCCUGGACGGCGCCGACCUUGACUUCAUCCCGUCCGAGACCAAGUACACCGACGUACGAUCUCUCAACGACGUGGACGAGGAGUUCACGGCCCAGGCCAGCCAAGUGGACUACAGUAGUGAGAGGUUCUUUGACGACGUCUUCCUGCAGAUCUCGCCCGACUACGGCUGUCUGGUCUAA